AUGUCGUCGAGGGCCCUUCCUUCUACGCUCCGCACCGUUUCUCGCCGGAAGAUCGUCCCCGCCGCGGUGCGGAGAAGCUUCUCUACCUCCAGACGGCAUCAUCUCGAAGUCCGCGAUGCGUACAUCCUAAGUGGCUCUCGAACCCCGGUCGGAGUGUUCAAUGGUGCCUUCACGUCGCUGUCGUCGACCGAGCUGGGCGCCGUAGCUAUCAAAGAUGCAUUGGCCAAAUCUAAGGUGCCCGUAGACAAGAUCACGGAUGUGUACAUGGGCCAAGUGCUCCAGGGCGGCGUGGGCCAAGCGCCUGCCCGACAAGCAGCCCUCUUCGCUGGUCUGCCUUCGACGAUCGAGGCCACCACCAUCAACAAGGUGUGCUCGUCCGGUAUGAAAGCCGUGACCAUGGCCGCCCAAAACAUACAGCUCGGCCAGUCUGAGGCGCAGAUAGCUGGAGGAAUGGAGAGUAUGACGCGUACGCCAUACUACCUCCCUCGAGCAUCGCUGCAGCCGGCAUUCGGAGACCAGAAGCUCAACGACGGCCUCAUCGUGGACGGCCUGUGGGACGUGUAUAACAAGAUUCACAUGGGCAGCUGCGCGGAGAACACGGUCAAGAAGUACAACAUCUCGCGGAAGGAGCAGGAUGACUACGCCAUCGAGAGCUACAAGCGCGCACAGGAUGCGUGGGCCAAGGGCCUCUUCAACGACGAAAUUGCCCCAGUCGUAGUCAAAGGGAAGAAGGGUGAUGUAACGGUGACGGAGGAUGAACAAUAUAACAAGCUGAAGCUGGAUAAGGUGGCCACGCUGAAACCGGUCUUCGAUAGGUCCGAAAAAGGGUCCAUCACCGCUGCCAACAGCUCUCCGCUCAGCGACGGCGCGAGCGCGCUCGUCCUGGGCUCAAAAGCCGUCGCUCAAGCGUAUGGAAAGGACAGCCGCGUGCUGGCCCGCAUCGUCUCGUACGCCGACGCGGCCGUCGAUCCGAUCGAUUUCCCCGUUGCACCGGCAAAGGUUGUGCCAAUUGUACUGGAGCGUGCCGGUUUGAAGAAAGAGGACAUCAGCAUCUGGGAGUUCAACGAGGCCUUCGCCGCCGUGAUCCGGGCCAACGCGAAGAUUCUAGGCCUGGGCAGCGAGAACGUGAAUCCUCGCGGUGGUGCAAUCGCGCUGGGACACGCGCUGGGCAGCUCCGGCAGCAGGAUUCUAAUUACGCUCCUCCAUCAGCUGAAGGAUGGGCAGUACGGCUGCGCGGCUAUUUGCAACGGCGGAGGAGCAGCCACAGGCAUCGUGGUCCAGAAAAUAGGCCACGGAGAUCUAUAG